CAUGCCCAAUCACACCUUACUGCCCAAAACAAGUCUUAACUUUCAAUACGUUUGUUCAUUACAAUCCCCAUUAUUUGGAAUAUGCACAGCUAUAGUUUUGUUUUGUAUCUGCGUUUUGCCAAAUUACAUUUUUAUACAAUGUCGUCGUUCGUUGCUCCGUGACAUCGCCGCCGCCCCACCAAACAAACAACUGCAAUGCUUCGACGUCACAACGCAUCUUCCUGACAAAAACGCAGUUUAUCCCACCGCCAACAACCUCUGCCGCCUCGAUUGAUGCGCAACACAAGGAUCAUUGUUAUCCUCAGCAUUAUAAUUAUCCCAAUUGCUGCACUAGUCGCCAGCUUCUUCCCUACCACGCUUGCCCACCUCGCCCGAUUUGUCCGCCCCGAAUCCGACACCGCAACAAGCUCAGCAACAACGGUCGACAAGAUGGCCUCGAGCAUCACAAGGGCUGCGCCCAUCGUCAUAGACGCCGUAGGCAAGCACACGGCGACCGUCAUCUUCAUCCACGGCCUCGGCGACAGCGGCCGCGGCUGGAUGGACGCUGCGCAGCUGUGGCAGUCCAAGCCGUCGCUGAGCGAAGUCAAGUUUAUCCUGCCGCAUGCGCCCGCCAUUCCCAUUACCAUGAACGGCGGCUACCAGAUGACUGGCUGGUUCGACAUUGUGAGUGACGACAAGACGCUGCGCCGGAUGGAGAUAUCUAACCUAGCCAAAAAGCGAUCGAUUGGCGAUCUCGAGUCGGACGACCUGUCCAAGAUCAAGCUCAACGAGGACAAGGACGGUAUCAUGACAUCGCGGGCGUACUUCCACUCGCUGAUCCAAGCGGAAAUCAGCGCAGGCAUUGCGGCUGAGCGCAUCCUGAUUGGCGGCUUCUCGCAGGGCGGCGCCAUGAGCAUCCUUUCGGGCCUUACGGCACCCGUCAAGAUUGGCGGCAUCAUUGGCCUGUCGUCGUGGCUGCUGCUCAACCAGACCUUUAAGGACUACGUGCCGGCUGGCGAUGUCAACAAGGAGACCAAGAUCUUUAUGGGUCACGGCAGCGCGGAUCCGCUCGUGAGGUAUCCGCUGGCGGUUGCCAGUCAGAAGAAGCUGACGGAGCUCGGCUACGAUGCCAAGAUGACCACCUACCCGGGAAUGCAGCAUUCGGCGUGUAUGGAGGAGCUGAAUGACGUGGAGCGAUUUAUCGUGUCCAGACUACAGCGUUAGGUUGGGUACAAAAGAUAGCUGGGUGAAGGGCUACUAUUUGUUUGCCCAGCGUUCGACGACAACAAAAAAAUUAUAGAUUAAUUACCUAUGCAGCCAACGUUACACGGAUAAGCCACAUGCACAAUUCUUCCAGCAACCUAGUGAAUUAUUGUUAAAGGGCGGGCAGGGCAUGGGUUGUACAUGGCUCGGAUAAGGCGUCGGCUAUGGGAUGCCGGGUAGCGGCCGGCAGCAGACUAGCUAGACGACGGGUAUACCAUAUAUGGAGAGACACCCAUGUUUUUUGUAACAUGUUUUCGAUAAUUACUCGGGGUCCCUGUCGUUUAUUGCAGCCUCGCGUGUUUAACAAAAAAAAGUAGUCGCCUUUGCGGGUGUAGAUACGUAGACGAGAGUGGGACGGAGUUUGUAUGGAAACGGCUAAGGGAUGCCGUGAGAGCCGAUCUCGCGGGUGGGGAAUAACAGGUACCAAAGACGCGGGCAUUAAAAAUACUGGGGACGAGUGAAAUAACGGUGUGAUUUUGUGGCGUGGAGAAAAAGAAUUGCAAUUGGGAGAAAUAAAUUUUUAUAUACAGGGAAAGAGAUUAUCGAUACGCUGAACGAGGUGACGGAUGCAAGUAAUGUUGAUGAUGAUGGUGGUAUAAGCACUUCCCCUUACAAUGGGAGUAUUGCAGUAGCUUGACCGCAGCACUUUAGCAUGUCGACAGUGUGCGAUUUUGAUAGGCAGCAUUCACGUAGUCCGUUACUGUGGAAGAAAUAUAGAUGCUAGCGAGGCUGGAAGACGACGUCAACAAGAAGAAGGCAGAUCAGGCAGCCGAUGGUGCCGUGUUGCCGAUGAGGUGUGGUUGGUUGGCGGGCGGUACUUGUCAAGGUGUCUAGGAUGGCAUUGGCAAGGCAAACAACAAAAAAGAAAGGUUGUGUAUUGGAUAGUACUUUAUAGCAAUGGUAAUUGAACGAUAAUUAUUUCUCUUUCUUGAUAGGUACAAUGGCCGCGUUAUCUGGAUGCAUGCAUGCAGCAACAGUAAGUUGCAC